AUAAGGUUUGAGAGUUUGCUACGGCUUUCCGGGUGCGAAAACUUUUCGGAACCUUUGCGAAACAGGCCCCUUGAGGCGUAGUGACUUAGGGGGAGCAGGUGUACAGCCUGAUGAUGCAUUGUCUCUCUUCCCUGAUAUUCCGUAGAGAGCUGGCAUUGUUAUAUGUGAGUUCUUCUUGGAGCUGUUAUGUCCUGGUUUGUUUGUGUUAUUCCUUGGACACUUGGAAUGAAAAGAUGCUCUUCAAACCUGGUUCAAAAUUGAGUGUGCCAGUCUCUUUACUCAGGGCAAGGCCGAGGGGAGAGGGGAUGGGGACGGGGUGCUUUGAUAGCUGUAGUGAGCAAGGUGCUUGAUGGGAAAUUUGUUGCGUUGCUUGUGAAACAAAACAUGGUUCAGUUUAUUUUUGUGCUGUUGCUCGUUGGUGUAAUGGUGGUGUCUUAUGCGGGAGGCGUUUAUUUCGUGAAGAUACUUCGAACAAAUACUUUGUGAUGCUCAAAGAUGUACGCACGGACCUCCUUGAAAAACAUGGUUAGCUAAAAGCAUGCACACAAAUAGUUCAUUGUCACCUCGAGGAUGUAAGCUUACUCGUCAAAGAAAAUCUGAAUUAACUUUAGUAGAGGCUUGCCAACUAGGAGACUGUAUGAAAGUCCAUAAACUUCUCGAACAAGGCGUAUCGCCAAAUAGCGUCGGAACUUUCGGCUGGACAGCCUUACAGGAAGCUGCGAGCGAGGAACGCACUGCUGUUGUCUGCCUUCUUUGCGGUUUUAACUGCGAACUUGACUUUUUAGGUACCGCUGGCGAAACUGCGCUUCACAAAUGUGCAGCUAAUAAUGAUGUGAAAACCAUGGACGCUUUGCUAUCUUCAGGGUGUGGAGUGGACGUAAGGAAUUCUGGCGGACAUUCCCCGCUGCAUGUCACUGCCUAUCACGACCAUCUUGAAGCUGCACAGUUGUUGCUGUGUUAUAAUGCUGAUGUGCGGGCGCGUGAUCGCUGGAAUCAAACACCAUUACAUAGAGCAGCUGCCAGGGGCUGUACCAACAUGGUAAAGCUUCUCCUUAAUAACAGCAGCGAUGUACUGCUCCAGGAUGACCAGGGUUACACUCCACUGCACCUUGCUGCAGCAUGGGGAUGCCCACUGACGGUCCAAGUAUUGUUAGAUGCUGCAUCAGAUAUUUAUGCUAAGAACAGAAACAACAAGACUGCAACCGAUGUCAGUCAGUCAUCUGCAGGUUCAUCAUUGCUGCAUGCCGCUGCAUGUCAGACACCCAAAUUACAGUACCUUUGCAUUUUGGUGAUCAGAAAACUCCUUUGUAACAAUCCAAUGCAAAAAAUCAAUAGGCUUCCUGUGUCCCAGCUUUUAAAAGAUCGCAUUGCAAAUGUUUCUUUGGUAGAAAGGGUCCAAGCUAUGAAUACACGCUAACAAACCCUGUAAAGUAUGAUGGCACCCCACCUUGCGUUCACCCUGUUAAUAUGGCCAACUUAACUUUAAGGUGCACAAAAUUAGUUUAUCUAGACAUGCCCCUCUCCUCCCCUUCCAAUACAUCACGUAAAUUAAUUUUAGUGUUGUAAAUUUGUAUUGUAUGUUUCUUGCAACCUAUAUCUACUUAAUCAUGUAUUAGGGAUUGGAGGAACAAAUAAAAUUUUAAAAAAAUACAUGGUCACCUUGUUAUAAUGGCCAUUUUUUUGGUCCUGGCAAAACAUCCAUACAUUUUGUUAUAAGAAAACCCCAUUAAUUGUGGCCACCCAGUUAGUAUGGCCAACAGCUGCAUUCUGAAAUCUUAACCCAUAUAAUCCUUUAUAAUUUUUCCCCAUUUAUAGAGCCACUCAAAGUAGUUAUGGACAUAUUUCCUGUGGUAAAAUCAUGACAUAUUUCCUGAUUGAACUUUCAUUGUUUUGGAAAUUAUAUCUGUAUUAUGGAUGCUUAUUAAAGAACAGGUGUUUAAAGUACAGUUUUGAGAUAUCUAUUAAGAAGUCACUCACUUUAGAUGAAUCAUAAACUUUGCCCGUACACUGUUAAUAUGCCACCCGUUAAUACAGUCAAAUUUUCAUGGUGCGUUGGUGACCGUAUUAGUGGGGUUACACUGUAUUUUGCUAAAUUUAAUUCUGAUACUGAGAACCUGAUUAUGCAGUUCAGGAAACUUGCCUUGACUUGAACUUAAUUCUGUCAGUGGAUAAUAUUAAAGGAGAAUGUAUAGCAGUGAGAUCAAGGAGAUUAUUGUAGAAAAAUGCAGCCAGCCUUGAGCACCCAGACAUGAUCAAUUUCAGUUUUUUUCUUACUCUGUUAUUGUCAUCAGUCGGCAGUGAUUUAUUCUGUGUAGGUAGGCUUAUUAUAGCUUAUCCAAGCUUGCCAUGCCUCAGGUAGAAAGGCAAGAGUUUCCUAUGGGUUGUUCAAACAAAAGCCUGGCUACACAGGAAUGUCAUUGUCAUCAUUGUUUUGCACAGUUUCAAAGGAGGCCUUAGUUAACGUACUGAGCAGAUGAUGUCGAUCAUUGAUCACAUUAUUAUUAAAGUUAAUAAAAGUGUUUCAAAUGGGA